UGAUUAUUUCUUCGAUGAAAUUUAGUUCCCGCUGAAAAAUAUCGUUUAGGGGCACUGGCACUGCAGGCAUUGACGCUCCUUUCUUUUGUCUUGUUUGAAGAUGCCACCAAUAUUGAUAAAGCAUGUGAUUUCUUUUACAAGUGAAGAUCCUAAAAAUCCAGCUGAUAAUCUUUUAAAACUAGAAGACUACUAUAAAUGGAAGUGUGCCUCUGGAGGAGAAAGCAAAGCUAUUGUUGUUCUUCAGCUUGAAAAGGCUACUCAAAUUCAUUCAAUUGAUAUUGGAAACAAUGGCUCUGCAUUUGUCGAAGUUCUUGUUGGAAGGUCAUCUUGGGAUUCAGGAGAUGAAUUCAAAGUUCUACUUGUUGCCUCAUCAUUCAUGAGUCCAGCAGAAAGCAAAUCAGGAGCUGGUACCUUCAGAGUUCGUAUUUUUGGAAAUGAAAAGCUCAACAAAGCAGUUGCAUCUGAAAAAUGGGACAGAGUAAAGCUUGUUUGCUCACAACCUUAUAACAAGGAUGAUGGCUAUGGCUUGUCUUUUAUAAACCUUCACUCACCUCCGCAAGAAGAAAAACAGGCAACUGCCAACGAAAAUUCCAACUCUUUGGAUUUUAAAGCCAAGAUUGGAAGAUUUGCUUUGAAAGAGGAAUCAGACAAGGAUGAAAUUGCAGUGGGCUCCUACUUUGCAAAAAGGCUUCACUCCUCAUCAACUGUUUCUUCUCCAACAAUGGCUGCUGCUGCUAGAGAUGCAAGUUCUUCUAUAAGGUCAAAUUAUGUGACGUCAUCACCUUCGGUUAAGAGCGCAGUUUUGGUGAAGAAAAAAGAGCAUUCUUCUGAAAAUGAACGUGCAAGCGUGGAAAAGAGUAAAAUGCCCUCUUCAGCGUCAUAUAAACAGAGUACUCCUGUUUCAUCAGGCCAAACUCAAAUGAAACGACCUGAACAUCGUACGAAAGUCAGUAGUGCUCACACAGUAGGCCAAAAGCAAGAGGCAACAAAACGCAAAUAUGAUGAAAUCAAAAAGACGGAUUUGAAAAUAGAGCCUCUGCCUCCAAAGAGAGAAUCAGAAGUAAAAGAUCCUCCACCGAAAAGAUCAAAAAAACGCGUGAAAUAUAAAGGCCUGGCCUUCCAUAAAUUAAUGGAGAACGUCGUAUUUGUGCUCAGUGGUUACAAGAAUCCAGAACGAAGUGAUUUGAGAGACAAAGCAAUCUCAAUGGGUGCAAAGUAUCGUCCUGAUUGGGCUCCUGGAUGUACCCAUUUGAUAUGUGCAUUCAAAAACACACCAAAGUUCAACCAAGUGUUAGGAAAAGGAAAGAUCGUUGGUCAUAAAUGGAUAAAGGAUUGUGCCAAAAGGAAAGAAAGAAUAUCAGUAAAGGAGUAUCGUAUUGAUGGAUCUGGUUCCAGCUCUGAAUCUGAACAAGAUGAUAAUGAACCACAACAUGAUUCGCCUGGAAAAUCGCCCACAAGAAGAAAAUCUCUCGACCAGAUCGAGACUGGUGGUGAUGAUACAGAUACAGACAAAAGCAAAGAGCUGCGCGAAGAGGAGGCCGUAACGUUGGAUGCAGAACAAACACAGCAUGGUAAUUCGACGCUCAGCUACGAUUCAGGCAGUGAAGGAUGGGAUACUGAGGAUGAGAUUAGAAAGGUUAAGGAAGACAUGGCUAAGAAAGGCAAAAGGUUUAAAGGGGAUAUUGACGAUGAUGAUUAUGGAGGGACCACCGAAGAUGAAAGCGACAAGGAAACAAGAGGAAACAAGGAUGAAGAUCAAAGUGCCAAACCAAAAGAACGCCCAAGUUUGCCUGAAUUGCCCGACUUCUUUGACGGGGCACAUUUCCUGCUCUAUGGUGAAUUUGAGCAUACAGAACGAAGGUUUCUUAAUCGGUACAUAACAGCUUACAACGGCGUUGUUGAUGAUUAUAUGAGCACUGGAACAAAGUUUGUUGUGUCGAAUAAUGAUUGGGAUGAAACUUUCACGGAGGCCUUCACAAGUAACCCAAGUCUAGAGUUUGUUCGACCUGCAUGGAUACUUCAUUGUCACGAGCAAGAAUGCCGCGUCCCCAUAGACAGUUACUUCAUCGAACGGGAAUAGUAACAGAAAAAGAAAUGAGUGGUUUUAAUCUGAGAAGGCUGAAGUGCAGCGGAAUUUCUCACAUCCCACCCCAUGUAGUUGGCUCUAAAGCAGCAAACAGGACCACUUUUGAUCACAGCCUCAUACCAAACGCCAAGUGUAUACCCAUAAUACAAGUGGUAAUGAUAAACAGCGCAGAUGGGAAUUAAAAUGCAUAUAAGAAAUGGAAAAACGAUAACAGCCCUAAGCUAGGUGUCACGUCUCCUUCGCCAGUUCUUGAGUUCAGAAUCGUAUUUUUACUAUAUAGCCAUUUUGCUAUUUCUAGUCAUUUCUAACGCUAAUGCCAUAACUAACGAGACAGAAGCCGAGCCCCAGUCCGUGUAACCCCCCCCCCCCCUUUAAAAAGGGAGGUUUAACAGUCAACUCUACGCUUUCCAUCAUCCCAUCCAAAAGAUGAUUAAUAGCCUACCUGGUCAGUUAGAUUUGCAACUCUCAAUUUUUGCAGCUGCAAAAUAUGACAAGCCUGUUAUUCUUAGAAAGAUUUUUCAAGUCUGUGGCAAAAUUUUAAACUGAAUGACACUUUUUACGUAAUCUAUCUCUGUCGAUCUAAGACAAAUGUGUUUAUAUUUGUUAAUAAUUAUCGUUUUCUAUGAUUUGUGGGUCCAAUUAUUCCUUCGGCGGUUUUUAAAAGCUAUUAA